AUCUGUCCAUGCCAGGCAUUUACCCCGUAUUUAGCCACAUUUUUGCCACGUUUUAGUGAAAAUACGAGUACGUAUGCUACAUACUGAACACACAGACGAACCUCUCAGCCGUGGAUGCUACAGCCACGAGUUUCGGGUUUUGUAAUGUAACUUUAGCUAAUGCUACGCUAAGUGCCACACUAAGCUACGAUUUGGUACGUUAUCGCCAGUUGGAGACGCAUCGGAGACACUGAGCUAGCUCAAGAAUUUUUCGUCCACGUCGAGCAAGGAGCUAACUAUGUCUUUCAGAAAAACAGCCAUCUAUCAAGCCUACAAGAGCCUCCACCAGCUACCCCACCAUAUCCAGGGCCAACACCCCCUGCUGGAAGAGUGGACAUAUUACAGCCUGCAUUACUCACAAUGCUCUGAGUUAACUGUGACACACCAGCCAGCAGGCAAGGUAUUUUGCCUGUUCCUGCAGGACCUCCUGCCCUUCCUGUUCCUCCUGCUACACUGCCUGAACAGAAACUCACCUGUGCCACCUCCAGUGAUACCUCCUGUUCCCACACCAGGAAGCCCACCUACUCCACCACCUGAUGAACACAGCCUCCUGGUCCUGUGCCAGCGCCACCUGGUCCGAAGCUUCCUGGUCCUGUGCCAACGCCACCUGGUCCGAAGCCUCCUGGUCCUGUGCCAACGCCACCUGGUCCGAAGCCUCCUGGUCCUGUGCCAGCGCCACCUGGUCCGAAGCCUCCUGGUCCUGUGCCAACGCCACCUGGUCCGAAGCUUCCUGGUCCUGUGCCAGCGCCACCUGGUCCGAAGCCUCCUGGUCCUGUGCCAACUCCACCUGGUCCAAUGCCUCCAGACCCAAAACCCCCAGGCCCAUAUCUGCCAGGUCCAGAAUCUGUUCCACCAGUCCUGGACCUCCAGCAGUGUAAACACCAGGAAUGGCUGCUGCUCCACCAGGUCCAUAGCUGGCUGGUCCUGUGCCAACACCACCUGGUCCAAAACCACCUGGCCUGGUUCCGGCACCACCCAGUCCUGUCCCGGCAGUGCUGGGCCCAUAUCCGCCUGGUACAGAACCACCAGGUCCAUAACUACCAGCACUAGGACCCCCAGGCCCAAAACCACCAGGUCCAAAACCUCCUGGACCAGUACCAAUUCCACCUGGUCCAUACCCAUAGCCCCCAGGCCCUAACCGAGUACCAUCAGCUCCCGCUCCAUAACCUAAAAACAAAUAUUGUUUCAGUUUCAGUUUUCUGCAUAAAUGUUUGUAUCUGUAUGUUUACUCUGAAUAUCAGUCCAUUCUUAUCAUACUUUUUGGUGGUUUGCCAGUGCCGGUACCCAGUCCUGGGCCUGUGCCGUAUCUUGUACCUGCUUAACAGAGCAUAUGAAAUAAACAGUCAACCAAUAUUUCAAUUACAUGCCAUUUAAAGGAGAGGUGUUCUUUUUAUAUCAAAACUAAUCAUAAUUAUUUUAACUUAAUUAUAUUGGUUUCAUAGAGUAAACUUACCACCAGGACCCACACCACCACCAUAUCCUCCCAUUCCACCGCCGACUCCA